AUGCCUUCGCUUCUGGACCAAAUGCGGCUGUUACCUGCUGCGCUCCUCGCAUUGACCUUCUCAUAUGCUGUCGCCGCUCAAAAUGAUGGGUCUGGAUCGACACCAAGACCGAUAGCCAUCCCACCAAGCCAACAAUGGGAUGGAAUCGACGGGUCAUGGUCCUCCUUCGCAAUUCAAGUAGGCACGCCUCGACAAGACAUCCGGACGUUCGUUUCAUGGAACGCCUAUCAGACAUGGGCCGUAAUACCAGAAGGAUGCGAAGCGGCAGACGAUUACGAUGCAUGCGCGCAGGCGAGAGGAGGCAUAUUCAACCAAACGGCGUCGCGGUCGUGGGAUGAGCAGGGUCUGUACGAGUUGAGGAUACUGCAGAACCUUGGAUAUGAUGGCAACGGCUAUUAUGGGUUCGACGUGCUAGAGUUGGGUGGAGCUGUACCAAUUGUGAGGAAUACUACAGUCGCUGGCUUCGCGCUUGAUGACUUCUACCUUGGAGUGCUUGGGAUCAAUCCGAAGCCAACAAACUUCAGCGAAGACACCACUGGAGCACCGAGCUAUAUGACGCUUCUGAAAGACCAAGAACAUAUCCCUAGCAUAUCAUUUGGAUACACCGCUGGCGCACAUUACCGGGACGAUAACACGAGUAACCCUUACUGUUCGUUGACGCUUGGUGGAUAUGAUAAGACCAAGUUUUUUGCGAACGACCUCACCUGGAACUUCGCGGCCGACAACAGCCGCGACAUUGUGGUCGCAUUACAGGACGACUCGUCACCAGUCGCUACCGAGCUGCUGCCAAAUGCAAUCUCUGUAUAUCUCGACGCAACUGUCCCGCAGAUAUGGUUGCCGCUCGAGUCAUGCUACGUCUUUGAGUACGAGUUCGGUCUUGUGUACGACAAUGCGACAGAGCUGUACCUGGUUAACAACACCCUUCAUCGGCAGCUCGUGUCGCGCAACGCUAGCAUCACAUUCCAGCUGGCUGUGGAUAACAAGGGAGGCGAUGUCGUGAACAUCGAGCUACCAUAUGCCGCCUUCGACCUGACUGCGAAGUCGCCGUACCAGGAGUUGUCGGAUGAUACGUACUACUUCCCGCUCAGGCGUGCGAGUGGUGAGUCGCAAUACACUCUGGGCCGGGUUUUUUUCCAGGAAGCAUACAUCGCUAUCGAUUACGAGAGCCAGAAGUUCAACGUCUCGCAGCGGGCCUGGGAUGGCAGCUCAGAUCAGAACCUCGUGACCAUACCUGCAUACUCCAUGCGGUCAGACGAAUCCUCCUACCCAGGCGUAGGCUCGCCGGACGACUCCAGCUCAAGCAGCGGUCUGUCCGGGGGUGUCAUCGCCGGCAUAGUCAUCGGCGUCAUCGCCCUCGUAGUCAUCCUUGUCCUCCUCGCUAUCUGGCUCCGCCGCCGCCGCAGCAAGGCUGCCAAACAACGGGCUCUCGAGAACGAAAAGCUCGGCUCCGCCAGCGAUACCGCCUCCGAUCACGACACCAGCUCCCCCGGCCGCGGCACCGAAAGCGUCGUCAUCCCCAAAGCCGAGCUCCCAGGCUCCGAGCCUCCAGCUCAAUCCGAAUCCGAAUCAGGAGGCGAACAAAACCCCUUCGUCUCCGGCGCUCUCAGCGAUGGCUCCAGCAGCCCAAGCGAUACUCGCUCCCCGCGCACCCCUAACGCCCUCUCAGGCCACACAUUUGUCAGUGGACGCUGGAACAACGAAGCCUACUCCCCCUCCACCGACGGCCCAGAAGAAGGCACCGGCACGCACUCCUCCACCGACUCAUCGUCCCGCGGUACUGGCACGGCUUCGCGCGUGUCGCACUACGGCACCGGCACCGGCACGCUCGCAUCGCUCGUCUCCCCUCUGUCACCCGUCGACUCCCACGAAGCGGACGGCAAAGAACGGCACGUCUUCGAAAUGGCGGGCGACAUGCCCACGGUGAAAGAAAAAGACGGCCACGAGAUGAGCGAGAAGGAAGCCAUGGCGCACAGAGAAAAAGUCUACAAUGGGGUUGAGAACCCGCCGAGUCCGAGUGAAGUAGCGGCGAUGUCGCACGAGGCGACGGGAAGGGAGGCGCCUAGUAAAGUUGAUGCGGGUGAUGUUGUGCGGGCGAGUGGUGCGGGGUUGGGGACGGGGGAGGGGGGGAAGGAGGAGAGGGAUUUUGGGCUGCAUAGGCAGUUUUCGUUUGAGGGGGAGGCGGGGAGGAGGGAGGCGGAGGCGGAGGCUGAGAGGACGGAGGAGCUGUAUAAAUGA